AUGGCUGCGGCCUCCCUCGACGUUAACUUCAAGGAGGAACUCAGCGCCAUCGAGCAAUGGUUCAAGGUUCUCUCCGAAGCCGAGCGCACCGCGGCGCUCUACAGCCUCCUGCAGCACUCGACGCAGGUCCAGAUUCGCUUCUUCAUCACCGUCCUGCAGCAGAUGGCGCGCUCGGACCCGAUGACCGCGCUCCUCAGCCCGGCCGUCGGC